GGCGGCGCGCGCGGCGGCGGCGGCAGCUCGGCGGCGGCGGCGGCGGAGAGCGCAGCGCGCAGCCCGGUGCAGCCCUGGCUUUCCCCUCGCCGCGCGCCCGCGCCCCCUUCCGCGUCCGCAACCAGAAGCCCAGCGCGGCGCCCGGAGCCGGACCCGCGCCCGCGCCGCUCCCGGGACCGCGACCCCGGCCGCCCCGCGAUGACCGCGACCGCAGCCCUCCUGCCCGUCCUCUUGCUCCUGCUGGCCUUCGGCCACAGUGUCCAUGGAGCUGAAUGCUUCCCGGCCUGCCACCCCCAAAAUGGAUUCUGCGAGGAUGACAAUGUUUGCAGGUGCCAGCCUGGCUGGCAGGGUCCCCUGUGUGACCAAUGCGUGACCUUUCCUGGCUGUGUUAACGGACUCUGCGUGGAACCCUGGCAGUGCAUUUGUGACCACGGCUGGGACGGGAACCUCUGCGACAUAGACGUCCGGGCUUGUGCCUCGACCCCCUGCGCCAACAAUGGGACCUGCGUGAACCUCGAUUCUGGCCACUAUGAAUGCUCCUGCGUCCCUGGGUUCUCGGGAAAGGACUGUCAGAAGAAGGAUGGGCCCUGCGUGAUCAAUGGUUCCCCCUGUCAGCACGGAGGCACCUGCGUGGAUGAUGAGGGCCGGGCCUCCCAUGCCUCCUGCCUGUGCCCCCCUGGCUUCUCAGGCAAUUUCUGCGAGAUCGUGGCCAACAGCUGCACCCCGAACCCGUGCGAGAACCAAGGCAUCUGCACCGACAUCGGGGGCGACUUCCGCUGCCGAUGCCCCGCCGGCUUCGUGGACAAGACCUGCAGCCGCCCCGUGAGCAACUGCGCCUCCGACCCGUGCCUCAACGGGGGCACCUGCCUGCAGCACACCCAGGUGAGGUACGAGUGUCUGUGCAAGCCCGAGUUCACGGGCCCCCUCUGUGGCCGGAAGCGCGCCCCAAGCCCCCAGCAGGUCACCCGUCUGCCCAGCGGGUACGGGCUGACCUACCGCCUGACCCCCGGGGUGCACGAGCUGCCGGUGCCCCAGCCCGAGCACCGCAUCCUGAAGGUAUCCAUGAAGGAGCUCAACAAGAGCACUCCCCUCCUCUCCGAGGGCCAGGCCAUCUGCUUCACCAUCCUGGGCGUGCUGACCAGUCUGGUGGUGCUGGGCACCAUGGGCAUCGUCUUCCUCAACAAGUGCGAGGCCUGGGUGUCCAACCUGCGCUACAACCGCAUGCUGCGGCAGAAGAAGAACCUGCUGCUGCAUUACAACAGCGGGGAGGACCUGGCGGUCAACAUCAUCUUCCCCGAGAAGGUCGACAUGGCCACCUUCAGCAAGGAGGCCGGCGAAGACGACAUCUAAGCGGCGCCCCUGCCGGCCCCUCUCUGUUCUCGGGGUCCCGCAGAGCUCACUAUAUGCGGUCUGUUCUCCUCUUUGUGGUGGAAUUUGCUCUAUUUUGUGUCGAAUCUGGUGAACGCUAUGCUUACCUAUAUUACCUUUGUGUUGCUCUGUGACAAAGUGCCCAAAGCAUCCUCUUGCUCUCUCUUAAUGCAUGAUCGAAAAAUAAUAAUAAGAAUUUCAUCUUUAAACAAGUAA